AUGAAACACCAGUCAAGAUAUGGUAAACUUUCAAGGAGGAUAACAAAGAAACGCAAGAGACAAGACAAGUUUAAAGAGUUUGUUAAGAAGGAUACCCAACCCCUUGAAGCUAAAUAUGCGACUCAUGGACAUCGGAAUUUGAAUUUCGUUGAUACUCAAGUUUCAACAACAUCAUAUCCAUGGGCUAGAGUUACACCAGGUAGACUACGACGACCGAAAAGUAACAAAGCAUUAAGAUCACUACGGCAUACAUGCGCAGAAUCAAUUGCCACACAAGCAUCAAAAAUCACCUCCGACUUGUUAAAGACUUUACCCUGGUCGAUCUGGAAAAUCGUAUGGACAAUGAUCCUAGCCACCAAUCAAGAUUCAAUUCAUGUGUACACAUUAUUCCUAAGUCAUUUUGGUCAUUUACCUGAUUUUAAGAGUCAUAAAGCACACAUUGUGGAUGUUCGUGAUGAAACUAUUGCUUUUACGCAAAUACCUCGAAAUCGAUUACAUCGAAUUGAAACUUUAUUCUCCAAUGUUCUGAUUUCCAACAUGAUUCAUGAGUUAGCUAUGUUGAAAUCAUACGUCAUUUUGGAUAUGUCACAUCAGCCAGUGGCUAACAAGGAGGAUUUUUUUCUGAUUUUUAAUGUCUCCAAUUUGAUCUGUGUUGAUUUAUCAAACCAUGACAUAGAUGAUACAUUUUUACAACAUUUGGGCUCAUGUAUUUCCACCAGUACCAAACUAAGGCAGUUGAUGUUGAUUAAAAUAGCAAAUACAAAAGUUACACCUCGAGGAUUGUCAAAGUUCUUUGAUGCAAUUCUGUUCCAAAGUUGCAAACUUGUUUACAUGCAAGUUGACUUUGAAAUCAAGCAUAAACAUUGGAAGCUCAUGGAUCCAGGUCGAAUGAAAAUUGUGCAAACUAUGCCAAUGGGAUUAAGUAUGAAUGCAUUGAAGAGAGCCGAGACCACAUCCGGCCAUUUAUCUCAACCAAAUCUAUUCAUGUCUAGAAACCCCAUUCUAGACUUGUUCAUAACAAAUCAGCAAUAUAAUCCAUAUGAUGUAGAGGAUAUUUGGAAACGCCGAAACAAGGUGUUAAAAAGUAACAAAAAUAGAGCAACCUACGUUUAUGAGAAAACCUCAUCUACUAAUUGGUCAAUUGAUGACGAUGUAGUAAACGGGGAGAAACCACAACGACAAAAAAAGGCACUCAAAACAAAUGCCAAAGACUUUUUCAGUAUUUAG